AUGGCAGCCGGCGGUCUGAGCCGCUCCGAGCGCAAGGCGGCGGAGCGCGGCCGGAGCCGGCGGCGCGAGGGCCUGAAGCGGCGCCAGGAGGAGGCGAGUCCUGCGACGCGAGGGGUCCGGCGGCCGGAGCUCGAGUUGCUCGUGUGCGAUGACCCGGAGGAGCUGCACAGGAAAGUCCGGGAGCUGGCCAGCGCCGUCAGGAACGCCAAGUACUUGGUGGUCUACACGGGCGCGGGGAUCAGCACGGCAGCUUCCAUCCCAGAUUACCGGGGUCCCAAUGGGGUAUGGACACUGCUGCAGAAGGGGAGGGAUGUCAGUGUCACUGACCUGAGUGAGGCCGACCCUACGCUCACCCACAUGAGCAUCACCCGCCUGCACGAACAGAAGCUGGUGCAGCACGUGGUGUCUCAGAACUGUGACGGGCUGCACCUGAGGAGCGGGCUUCCCCGGACGGCCAUCUCAGAGCUACAUGGGAACAUGUACAUAGAGGUCUGCACCUCCUGUAUCCCCAACCGGGAGUACGUGCGAGUGUUCGAUGUGACAGAGCGCACGGCCCUGCACCGGCACCAGACAGGCCGCACCUGCCACAAGUGUGGGGCACAACUCCGUGACACCAUCGUGCACUUCGGGGAGCGGGGCACUCUGGGGCAGCCGCUGAACUGGGAGGCAGCCACAGCAGCUGCCAGCAAGGCAGACACCAUCCUGUGCUUGGGGUCCAGUCUAAAGGUCCUGAAGAAGUACCCCCAUCUCUGGUGCAUGACUAAACCCCCCAGCCGGCGGCCCAAACUGUAUAUAGUGAAUCUGCAGUGGACACCCAAAGACGACGGAGCCACCCUGAAGGUGCAUGGGAAGUGUGAUGAGGUCAUGAGGCUCCUCAUGAAUGAGCUGGGCCUGGAGACCCCACCCUACAGCAGGUGGCAGGACCCCAUCUUCUCACUGGCGACCCCCCUCCGUGCCAGCGAGGAAGACAGCCACACCCAGAGAGCCCUGUGCCGCAGCAGAGAGGACGCCCUGCCUGGCGGCCAGGGCACCCCAGCAGGCCCGGCCCCUGUGCGAGGGGGCUGGUUUGGCAGGGGCUGCACCAAGCGCACCAAGAGGAAGAGGGUCACGUAGCUGCUGCUAGGGAAAGAACUUGGUGGUCUCUUGGCAACUGGCUAGUCCUCCUCCUCAGGCCGAGGUCCCCUGGAGGGCUGCUGCCCUCGGUCUGGUGAGAAGGCAUGUAGUGACGGAUCAGCCAUCGCCCAUCUCUGGGGCCUGCACCUCCUGCCCCUGCACCUCUGUGGGGUCUCAGGAGGGCGUUUCCACACCCAGCUGCUGAGAGAGCAGCACCAGCUGCCUUACCUCGGCCACGGCCAGUCUCAGGAACCAGCCCUUUCUACUACUACUACUUACUCGGGAUGCUAACUGUGCAGGGGCCUUUCCCGCUGGGUGUGCGGUGUGGGUGGGCCUGGGCCGGUGGGGCGUGGAGCCUGGUGCUCAGUCUUU